ACCGAUCUCCUCACCAUGGCGUGGAUCUACCGGUGCAACAUGAUACACUAUUGUGAAAUGAUGCUAACAUACUGACAGAUGGCGGCGGCAUACGAGGCUACGCUAGCUUGAUUAUUCUCCAGCGUCUCAUGCACGAAAUCGCCGAAUGCGAGAAGCGCUUGAUUGAGGAAGAAGGACCGGUAGCGGACUCGGAAAGGACGACUUUCAACGAAGAUGAGCUACUGCCAUGUCAUUAUUUCGACUACAUGUACGGAACGAGCACGGGCGGUCUCAUAUCAGUAAUGCUGGCGCGGCUUCGCAUGACAGUGCCCCAGUGUCUUGAGAUCUAUCGUCAAGUUGGAGAGGAUUUGUUCGGACACCGCAGGAAUACGCUCCCGCUGGCCACAAAGUACCAUCACAAGCCCCUCGAAAAAGCCGUGAAAACGAUAGUCAGCCAGUACUGCAAGCAUCACGAAACCUGCACAGGCGAUGACUGGCAUCCAUGGAACGUCGACGAAGACAAGUCACAGAGUAGCUCUUCCGCCUCUAGUAUCUCUGGUCACACAGAUCGGAUUUGCCAAUCCAUUUGCCUUACUGCCACUCACUCUGGAAUGAUUGAUGAGGCUUACUUGUUGCGGACCUACGAUCACCGUUAUGAUCCACUCAUUGCUCCCGUGUGGGUGACACCUUACAAUGAGGGCGCUGACAAGCUCAAGAUUUGGCAAGUCACGCGUGCGACUUCAGCAGCACCUUUCUUCUUCAAGAUGUUGGAAGCGGAUUUCGGUGAUAAGCAUAAAACUGGCUUCAAAGAUGGAGGAAUCCGCGAAAACAAUCCUUCAUACGCUGCCUAUAGCGAACAUGCUUCAUUGAAGGGCGACGAGCACGAACCUGCUUUACUACUAUCGAUUGGUACAGGAAGACCAGAUACUAAGAACGACGGUUUCGCUUCAGUCUGGCCAGGACCUUUUGGGAAGGUCCCUUUGUUGCAGAAAUGGUCUGAAAAGUUCGCUGUCUUCAAGAAUGUUCUGAUCAAGUACACUGAGGGGGAGGACCGUCAUAAGAUGAUGCGCACCAUCGCCCGGGGUGAACACCGCUGGUACAAGCGCCUGAAUGUGGACGAAGGACUCCAAGAUAUGCCGCUCGACGAAUGGGAAGAAGGCGUUUGGACUAACUCUGCUACCGGUAUCACUAAGAAAGUUCCUGGUGGGAAAUCCCUUUCAAAGAUGGAAAACGUUACACACGACUACCUGGACAGAAACGACGCAAAGACAAAGCCUCCGCUGCUGGAAUAUGCCCCACCGAAAGUCAUGCUCCAGCAAGUCGCAGAGAGACUGGUUCGGCAUAGACGCUUGAGGGAAGCCACGAAGCAUGAUGACCUCCGCCGCUGGCAAACGCACAUGGGACAGUGGCUGACGGGCACCUUGAAAGAGGAGGACGGAAAGGCGACACCUAAGCCUGGUAUCAAGUCUCAGUCGAGGAGAUCAAGUGCACAAACGUCAUCGUCGAAUCCACCAAAGGCUGCCCCAGUAGGAACAUCGACUCCAAUCUUGUCCGACUCUACAAACCUAUCAAGCCCCGGUCCUACUGGGAAGACCACUCGCGUUGUCUCGUCCCAUUUGACACAGGACGAUGUUUGCGCAAAAGAGCCGCAUCAGAGCGCGCAAGUGGACAUCCCCGUGAUCGUCACCUCAGAGCCUACCGAGCUUUUUGGUACCCAGACCAAGCGUUGAAUGUGCCAGGGCAAAGGCCCAAGUUCUCAACACUGUGCUGCCCCAAGGCAGACAAUGCAUAGGCCGAAGAGUUUUUGCCGUGGCGUGCAUAAGCAUGUUAGAGCUUCAUCAGGACCCAGCGGUCGUCAUGCCAAAGUCUGGAAACGAAACGGGUUUGAUUCCUCCAACGGUACGGAUAUGCAUCCCUCAACGGGUUCAGUGAGCCAUUUCGAUAACGCACUACGCGACUUGCAUAGCUCGCGAGCAAGAUGGGUCCACGUCACGCAACCACGGUUGCGAUUACACAUUUUAGUAUCCAUCAUUUUCGGCAUAGCGAAUCUGUAUAGCAUCUGGGGUACCGCAUUCUUCCAUCAACUGCAGGCGUUUGGAUUUUGGAUAAGUAUAACACCACUGCAUUGCAUGAGAUACCAUUUCAUAGUUACAUCUUCAUCG